AUGCCGAAGCCUCGUCGCGAGUCCACGGCGAGGGCCGAUACACGCCCUGCAUUUAACAGGCCGCCUGGUGUCCGAGGCGCACCUAAUCCUCAAGAUGAACCACGAACACCAAGAAGGGCUCCCAACAAGGAGAAAGCCAAAUCAUCACCUGUACCUUCACCCUCACCCGAGAAAAAGCCCCGAAGACAAAGCGACAGGCACAGAUCAGUCAGUGGGGCCGGCGCAGGAAAGCCGAGUCACAGGAAAACGGAACGUGAGAGAGAACGAGACCGCGAGAAACACAGCUCAGGCACCUCCACAGACAGUGCGAGUCAUCUGUUGAGUUCUGGGGCCCUUGCCAAACUCAACUCAUACAACAACAAGGCCGAGUUCGAGGAGAAAUACGAGGCCCAGAAGCAGCAGAAGAAACAGUACAAGAAUUUGAAGGCUGCCGAGGUGUCGCAGCGGAAGAAGAGGAAGAAGAGUAGGAAUGUCAGCGGGGCCAUUUUGGAGGAGGGGAGAGCGGAGAAGCGGGUUCACAGACGAGGAGGAGGAGGCGGUGGGAAGUAUGAAGAUGAUGAGCGUCGACGCCAAGGCGGUAGUGGAGGAGGUCUGUCAAAAAAGAAGUUCUGGUGGUUGCUGGUUCUCCUGGUUGUGUUGCUGGCCAUCUUCAUCCCCGUCGGCGUGGUCGUGGCCAACAACAGCAGCAAGAAAUCCAACACUGCUGAUGGCUCAUCUUCAUCGUCCUCAUCAGGAGGAUCUUCCUCUUCGGGUUCUGCAUCCACCCCCAGCAACGAAUGCGACUCUGGUUCUGUGCCUGCGACCGCAAAGGGAACAUACACGGACAUCUCGACGUGGCUCGACACGGCCGACUUCAACUGCACGUAUACCGAGGAGACGGUCGGCGGGCUGUCCGUGAUGGGCCUGUACUCGGAGUGGGACGACUCCAAGAGGGCGAACGACAACGUGCCACCGCUGGAUGAGAAAUGGGAGUACGGCAAGAUGCCGAUCCGGGGCGUCAACGUGGGCGGCUGGUUCUCGCUUGAACCAUUCAUCACGCCGUCGAUGUUCAACUACCCGGCCUCGGCCAAGAUCGUCGACGAAUACACGCUAACCGCAAAACUCGGCUCAUCCGCGUCCCGAGUCCUAGAAACGCACUACGCGAGCUUCAUCACAAAGCAAAGCUUCACCGACAUCAAGAACGCCGGGCUCGACCAUGUGCGCAUUCCCUUCCCUUACUGGGCCGUCACAACGUACGACGGCGACCCGUACGUCGCCAAAAUCGCAUGGCGCUACCUGCUCCGCGCGAUCGAAUACUGCCGCCAGAACGGGCUGCGUGUGAACCUCGACCUGCACGCCGUGCCCGGCAGCCAGAACGGGUGGGCGCACAGCGGCCGACAAGGCGAUAUCGGCUGGAUCCUGGGCCCGAACGGCGCGACCAAUGCACAGCGCUCUCUCGACAUCCACAACCAACUCUCCCAAUUCUUCGCCCAGGACCGCUACAAGAACGUCAUCACGAUCUACGGGCUGGUCAACGAGCCGAAAAUGCUGGUCAUCCCGCCGGACUCGGUGCUGGACUGGAACAAGAAGGCCAUCACCGUGAUCCGCGGCAACGGCAUCACGCAGCACCUGGUCUUCGGCGACGGGUUUCUGUCUCUCACGCAGUGGGACGACAUGUUCGGCGGCGUCGACGACAAGCUCGUCAUGGACACGCACCAGUACCAGAUCUUCAACGUGGGCCAGUUGAAGCUCAAGCACCAAGACAAGAUCAACCUCGCCUGCUCCGGCUGGACGGGCAUCAUGGUGACCGCGAACAACCCGGACACAGGGUGGGGUCCGACCCUCGACGGCGAGUGGUCCCAGGCCGACACAGACUGCACGCCCAACCUCAACGACGUGGGACAAGGCUCCCGCUGGGCUGGCACACUCGACACGGGCGACCCGGAGACGUCAGUCCUCACGCCGACCUGUGCGCAGCCGCCGUGCUCAUGCGCCAUGGCGAACGCCGAUCCCAAGGAUUACUCGAAUGACUACAAGACGUUUCUACAGAUGUAUGCCGAGGCCCAGAUGCACAGCUUCGAGCAGGCAUGGGGCUGGUUCUACUGGACCUGGAAGACCGAGAGCGCCACUCAGUGGAGCUGGAUGUUGGGCCGCCAGGCGGGCAUUCUGCCCGACAAGGCGUAUGCCCCGGACUUCAAGUGUGAUAAGGAUGUGCCCGAUUUUACGGGCUUGGGUGAUAGUUAUUGA